AUGCCGGUGUUCCAAGAGACGUCUAAUGCAGCAAGGGAGCUCAGGAUCCUUCCUUCUCGUGCCCUGCCCCUACCAAGACUCUCAGCCAAACCGGAACCCUUGUCGAGCGCAGAAGAGAGUCGCGAAGUUGUUGUCAUCGGCGCUGGGCCAAGUGGUCUUUUCUUAACCUUGUUGCUAGCCCGAUAUGGGCUUACUGGGUCCUCACUACUUUGUUUGGACUCAAAACCCGGAACAUUAAAGGCUGGUCAAGCAGAUGGCCUACAGCCUCGAACAUUAGAGGUCCUCCAGUCCCUUGGUAUAGCCGCGGAGAUUAUCGAUGAAGGCUGUCAUAUGGAAGAGGUCGCCUUUUGGAAUGCAAUAUCUGCGAGUUCGCAGGAGAGUCCUAAUGGUGCCAAGAGAGGCAUUGAACGCUCUCAAUUUGUACCUGACGUGAGUGUGCCUGCUCGCUUCCCUUUCGAGGUCACGAUCCACCAGGGCCGUAUCGAGCGGAUACUCGAAGAAAAUCUCCAUUUGUAUGCGCCUAAGGACACGAUUCGGAGAUCUCAUCGUUUCCUCAAGUACAUUGUGGAAGAUCCCAAUUCCGAGUUUCCAAUUCUUGUGAAUUAUGAAUACGACGAUAUUGAUGGCAGCACAAAGCAAGGAUCCGUUCGCACGAAAUAUCUUGUUGGCGCAGAUGGUGCAAGAUCGCAAGUACGAGCGUGCAUGGGGCUGAGCCUACAAGGCGAGACAACGGAUCAUAUAUGGGGAGUCUGUGACUUUGUUGCGACUACAGACUUUCCUGAUAUCCGCAAGCGGUGUGCUGUGCAUUCCGAUUCAGGGUCAGUCAUGGUUAUCCCCAGGGAGCAGAUUGCCACCGGCGAGUAUCUUACCCGCCUGUAUGUACAAGUCCCUGGGGAGGUAAACAAGGAUGAAGAUCCUCGAACAGAUAAGAAGUCAGCCGACAAAAGGAAACGUGAAGCUGUAACACUGGACUACAUCUUCCAGCAGGCACGCAAAGUGUUUUCUCCCUACAGCAUUAAUAUCAAAGAAGGGACCACACCAGACUGGUGGGCCGCGUACCAGAUAGGCCAACGAAUAACGCCGAAGUUCUCUGCGAGAACUCCCGACGGUAUUGACAGAGUGUUUAUUGUUGGCGAUGCGUGCCAUACACAUAGCCCAAAAGCUGGACAAGGCAUGAACGUUUCUAUGAUGGACUCUUACAAUCUUUCGUGGAAACUCGCUCACAGCAUCCACGGAUUGACACCGCAUAUUUCACCAGGAGUGGCGGACCCAAUACUAGAGACCUUUGAGUCGGAGCGCAUCGAGAUUGCCCGCCAACUUAUCGAAUUUGACACAACCUUCUCUCACAUCUUCUCUGGUAAGCUUGGUGCAGCGGAUUCUGCAGUUUCAGGUCUUACGCAUGAAGAAUUCCUCCGUGUCUUUACGGAAAAUAGUGGGUUUACAAGCGGAUGCGGUCUUCAGUAUCAAUCGAGCAUAUUGAUUCGGACGCCAGUCAACCCUCAAUGCAUUACAAACGGUCGAUUCGGUGGUGCAUUAAUUCCAGGGAAACGUUUGCUCAAUGUCGAGGUGAAACGUUACGCGGAUGCGACUAGGCGUCAAUUACAUGACGAAAUGCCUUCAUUAGGCCGAUACCGUGUUAUCAUACUUGCAAGCAAGGAUCUUCUUGACAAAUCCGGUGUCUCUCAAUCAGCCUUAGUGUUAUGCAGUGAGAUCAUUGAACAGUUUCCUGCAGGCACGAUCGAUCUUGUCGUUCUUCACCCUUUAAAGGAGCGAUUCGAAUGGACUGACAUUCCCCCAAUUGUGAAGCAGCUUGCUGAGAUGCGGACAUAUGGGUUGUCGCCGAAAGAAGAUGCUUAUGAGAUACUUGGUGUAUCAAAAGAUGAAGGACUUAUUGCCAUAGUGAGACCUGAUGGGUACAUUGGGACGCUAGUUCCUUUGUCUGUCACUAAUGAGGCGGAGGAAUAUCUUCGGUCCUGUCUUGUCUAUAGAUAA